AGGCGGAGGCCUCGCUGCGCUUCAGUGACGCGGGGGGAGAAAUUGGUGGCAGCCGCGGAGCGGGUGACUUCCGAGGCGGCAUUUUGAAAAACAAGCUGAGCCACAAACAGGAACCUUCCUCUAAGCCGGACCGGCCGACCUCCAGAAGCGGAGGGAGAGGAGCGCUGGAAGGCGGGAAAACACGAAGGGAGGAGGCGCCUCUUUCCUCACCGAAGGAAUUUCCCCCUGGCCACUGUUUUGGGUGCGCUAAGGAAGAAUGUGUGGACGGACAGCUGUUACUCUGGGAGCAGAUCGUAUCCGCCGUGCCUGUGCUUAUCACAAUAAUCGAGGAGAAAGAAAGUAUCCUGAAUGGCAAAAUGCUGACAAAUAUAGCCCUUCAUUCAAUAAGAGUCCACAAUCUAACAGUCCUGUGCUUCUCUCCCGGCAACACUUUGAGAAGAAUGCCAAUUCUUCUGAGCGUAUUCUUGUAGCCAUGCGUUGGGGCCUAAUUCCAGCUUGGUUCAAGGAAGCUGACCCAUCUAAAAUGAAGUACAACACUUCCAAUUGUCGGAGUGAUACCAUGAUGGAGAAAUUCUGCUAUAAGGUACCUCUCUCAAAGGGCAAACGCUGUGUGGUGCUGGCUGAUGGCUACUAUGAAUGGCGACAACAUAAUGGACAAAAGCAGCCAUAUUUCAUUUACUUUGGCCAAACUGAGCAGGAAAUGUUCACCAAACCAGAAAUGGAAGAUGAGGUUGAAGAUUCAAAAGGGAGGAAGCUGCUUACCAUGGCUGGGAUUUUUGAUUGCUGGGAGCCCCAGAAUGGAGCAGAACCAUUGUACAGUUAUAGUGUCAUCACAGUAGAUGCAUCCGAACGUGUAAAAUCCAUCCAUCACAGGAUGCCAGCUAUACUGGAUGGGGAUGAAGCAGUUAAAAAAUGGCUUGACUUUGCAGAAAUACCCACAGAAGCAGCACUUCACCUUAUCCAGCCCACAGAAAACAUUUCCUUCCAUCCUGUGUCAACAAUAGUGAACAACUCCCGAAAUAAUUCAUUAGAAUGCAUUUUACCUAUUGAAUUGGAUCCCAAGAAGAAUACCAAAAUUAAUGCAAGCAGUACAGUAAUGCUUAACUGGUUAAAAAACAAAAGCCCCAGGAAAGAUGACAAGGAUGAAGACAAUUUACCACAGUGGUCCAGUCAGUUCAUCCAGACACCAACGUGUAAAAAAACUAGCAUGGACUUAAUGCACCAGUGGCUCAAAAAAGAUGGAGAACCUCCUGCAAAGCAACUGAAAAAGCAGUAAUAAUUUGGUUAUAUUGCUUAUUAACUGAGCCUGUUCUUAGCCAAAGAGGGUCUUAUGUGUUGGGUUAUUGCAAUAUUUAAAUCUCCUGAUUUAGAUUGCAAUAUAGGUAUAAUCUAUAAAUAAAUUAUAAGACUUCAGAUAUGCUUCCUUCCUGAUGCUGAGUAGGUGGGCUUUGACAUUUAACAGUUUUUUUUGUCUGAAACAAAUAGAAUAUACAUGCUAAGUGCAGCAUUGACUUGACCUUUCCAAUUUUGAAAAAGCAAGUGUGUUCCAAAAUAUGUAAGAAGGAUUUAAUGUUUUUUUUCUUCUCCAAGGACACAAGCAGAGAUUUGGUUUGUCAUGGUUACCACCAUAGUAUUCACUCUGUGGAUUGCUUCAUCUUUUAUGGAAAUAAAUAGGUCACUUGUUAAUGCUGGAGAUUUGCUGCUGCAAUGCGGGAAUGAUAAUUUAUUUUAUUCUGAAACCAGCUCAAUUUUUUGCCCUUUUUUAUCUGUUUUGGAAGAUGUAGAAUAUCAUCUGCAUUCUGCAAGCAAUUUACAAAUAUAAUUUCUACAGGUUGGGAAGCUAUUCCAAAAGGAUCUUGUUUCACUCUUUUGGAUUUAUUUGUUCCAAACCUUUGAUAGUAUUGUUUAACACAUUUAUUAAAGCUAUAAUGAUGAUCAGGCCACCACUGUAGCCAGUAUUUUGAAUAGAUGGUAAGAGAAUAGCAAGGAAGAGAGAAAGAACUUGUUUUGGGGGGAAGUGAAGAUAGGUAGCAGUAAUGUUAGUUGGCUGUAUUAAGGAUAACUUGAUAUUUAGUAAAAAUGCAAUAUUGUAAACUAAAGCUUUAUAGGGUCAAGAGACAAAGGCAAAAUGUUAGCUGUUUACAAUUGAGUCAUACUGGACUCAAGGCAAAGUGUGCAGUUCAACCCAAAAGACAUCAGGACCACAAAAGGGACAGCGGGGUGGUUAAAACGGUACUUCAGAAGAUAAAUCCACCUUUAUGCAUAGGAUCAACUUAUUCCACUCACAGAGUGUACAUCGCCUGAAAUUUAUGCAGAUGUAUAUUCUUCAUAAAAUCCUAGGCUAAAGAGAGGAGAGAGUAUUUAACUUUUUUUUAAAAAAAAAAAGAUACUUGGUUGCAUAUUUUAUAUUUGAUAUGCAGAAAGCUAGUUGGGCUCCAAUUAUUCAAAGUUCCUAUGAAAUUUCUGUUCACUAGAAAUAAGAAGGCAAAUUUGGGAUAUUUUUAAAGGUUUCAAUAUAUAAACAAUGCUGAUAGUAUAAAUAAAGAUUUUUUGCAGAGUUAAA